AAACCCAAACCAUUGGAAUUAUUAUGGAGCCAAAAGAUGAUAGAGACUCUUAUCUUUGGAUUAUUUGAUAUAUUUGAAAGGCGAGGAAUGACAAGUUAUUCAGAAGUAUAGAAAGAGACCCAUUAGAGUUAGUCAAAUAUGCAGAGAGUGAAUGUCAGGCCUAGUACAAUACAAAGGAUAUUAUAAAUGUUCUUCCACGGGCGCAAAUUGUUGAAGAAACACAAGCUUUAAGCUUGGGUAAUAUUUGUACGGUGGAUGGUUCAUGGACCUCCACAAAUCAAUUCAGUGGAAUUGGAUGAGUUUGAAAGGAUAGCAUAGAAAGAUCCAACUUAUGCGGACACGAAACUUAAUUGGUAUAAACGUGAAAUAGAUUUAUAAAUCUAUUUCAAGUUUGGAAUCCUAAAAAUAAGUAUUGUUAGUGUCAAUUUCUUGAGUUUGUAAAUCUAUUUCACGUUUAUAACUCACAUAUUAAGAAAAAAGAAUUAACCACCUUUUAAUAUAUUUUUUACAAAAUGCAUAAUGAAUUUUAUUUACUAAGCAUAUUUGCUGGGAAAUGCUCUCGUCUAAACCGCAGGACUAAAAACGCAACGGUUUAAAUGUGUUUGUGUAACAUUUAUAGAAGAGACCUAAGGACAAUAUGAGCUGAGAUUUAUAACUGAAAAUUUCUAAAAUGGGUUCGCUAACCUAACCGAUGGAAUUAGAUCUACAUGAAUCUGUAACAUCCUGAGUUGUGAUAUAUGGAAAGGCUUAAGAUGAUUGAUUUGAUUACCUAUGUCACCAAAGUUGACUUACCUUUUCCGUCACACAUCCGUUUAGAACUCCAGAGUUAAUCAUGUUUGGGCUGGAGUAGUGAAAGGAUGAGUGACCCAUCGGGAAGUGAUUCGCGAUACCGUGCGAGUGAGGUCAAAACACGGAGAAAGGUCGGGUGGUGAUUACAGGGUCAAUAAACAAUGAUUUCGAGUUUCAGAAAAAUUAAUUAAUGCACCGGAUGUUGGAACGGGAUGGGACCCACGGGUCGAGUGAGCAGACGAGGGUGGCCCAUUAGCUGUGGGUGGUCGGAGCGUUAUAAGUGGUAUCAAAGCCAGGUUAGCCAUCUCGGUUCUGGUCCGAAAGCCGUCUUGAGACAUGUCGUGGGGCGCAACGAGGACGUUGCGUUCUUUGAAAGGAGGUGAAUUGUGACAUCAUGAGUUGUGAUAUAUGGAAAGGCUUAAGAUGAUUGAUUUGGCUACCUAUGUCACCAAAGUUGACUUACUUUUCCAUCACACAUCCGUUUAGAACUCCAGAGUUAAGCGUGCUUGGGUUAGAGUAGUGAGAGGAUGGGUAACCUAUCGGGAUCGCGAUACCGUGCGAGUGAGGUCAAAACACGUGGAAAGAUCGGAUGGUGAUUGUAGGGUCAGUAAACAAUGAUUUUGAACUUUCAAAAAAAUUAAUGCACCAACCGUUGGAACAGAAUGGAGCCCACGAACCGAGUGAACGGGUGUAGAUGACCCAUUACCCGUGGACGGUCGAAGCGUUAUAGAAUCAUUGUUGAUAAAAGAUUUCAAAUUUUUUAUGUCGACUAUAUUUUUGGUUUUGCAUUUUUAUAUGGAACAAAGGUGAUAGUGAAGUAGCUAAAAAGUAACUUAUACGUUGCUGGUAUUUCUCAAUAAAUACCAACAAAAAUGGUUAGUUACAUAAAGAGAUUUAUAAUUUGUCUUAGAGCAUCAACAACCAUUGGGACCUCAUUAAGUAAACAAAUUAUUAAUAUUUUAUUUUAAUUAAAUGAAGUAAUUAAUUUUUAUUUAUCUUUUUGAAUUUAAAAUAAUAUAAAAGUGACACAUGAGUCUGUAGGUUUUUAUAAAGUCCUUGAAAUAUAGAAGUUUAGAACUUUUUCUGACACUUUUCCUAAUUUUUUCUUAUUAAUUGAUUAUUUUUAAUUUUAGAAACUUAUGUCAAAAACCUCCGUUCAAAGUGUUCGAAUAGGGUAGAAAAUAAAUAAAUUGGACUGAAAACAAUUAAAUUAAAAGGGGCAAAAGAAGAUUUGGACAGGCAAAUCUAACGUCAUUACAUGAACCCGUACUUGGUGGCCAAAGAAGAAGAAGAAGCAAAGUUAACCUAACCGGUAUCACAGCAUGACUACUUCUAACGGGUCUGCAUGUGCGCGUGUUCUAAAGCCACGUGCUAGGUUGCAGUUGUCCUUUGCUUUUUUCUUUCUUAGGUAGAAACUCAGUUGAGUUUCUUCAUUAAUGCUUUAUCAUUUUUAAAAAAAAUUGAUUAAAAAUAAAAUAAACAUACCAAUGAUUUGUCAAUAGCCAUUAAAAAAUCUGAGUUCUUCAUUAAUGCUUUAUCAUUUUUAAAAAAUGAUUAAAAAUAACAUAAACAUACCAAUAAUUUAUCAAUAGCAAUUAAAAUGUUGUCAUUUGCAGGGCCGGUCUUGAAUCAUGCUAGGUGAAACAUUGUAAUAGAUCCCUAAAUUUUUUUAAAAAAAUUACAUUUAAAUAAGCUUUCAAAAAAAAUUUUAAGCCUCUAAAUUUGUAAAAAAAAAAGAAAAUUACAUAGAAACAGCCACAUGUCCCCAAAAUCUCAGAGCCGGUCCUGAUCAUUAAAAAAAUUACAUUUAAAUAAGCUUUCAAAAAAAAUUUUAAGCCUCUAAAUUUGUAAAAAAAAAAAGAAAAUUACAUAGAAACAGCCACAUGUCCCCAAUGUCCCCAAAAUCUCAGAGCCGGUCCUGAUCAUUUGUCCUGAGAAUUUCUCAAAAACUUUUUAAAAUCUUUCCCAAUAAAGAUGUAUCUUCAAUUCUCUCCUUUUUAUUCUCUUUUGUUUUUUUCUGGUUUCUUUUAUUCACCAGAUACCCUAGGGAUACUGUCACUGCGCUUGUCCUUAAUUUCGUCUGAUUUCAGCUCAAUAACACAACUCACUGUCACGGGGGGAUAUUUGCGCGUUUUCUUACUACCAAAUGUGAAUCUCGAGAUUUUUUUCCCUUUACUUUCUAAAAGUUAGCAACUUAUCUAGAAAUUAGAUAUAUUAAAAACAACUAUAUACGUUCAAAAAAGGUAGAAAAUAAUCUAAACUAGUCGUAAGUUUUAUCUAGAAUAAUAUUUUUUUUUGAACAAUAAUUUCUAUUAUCUAGAAUAAUUUCUAUUAGUAAAUAUUAUCACAAUGUAGAUACAGGGCCAUGUCUAACGAAACAAAACCGAAACAAAAAACAUGUCUAAAACCUCUUGAUAAUGUAAACUUUUAGGGGUCCAUUUUCUAACUUUUAUACAGUACAGUAUAUCCUAUAAAUAAAUAUUGUUAACCACCUUUAAUAUUUUACAAAAUACAUUUUUUUUUCUGAACGAAACAUAUACAUUUUAUUACUAUACAUAUUCUUACACAAAGUGUUAUGUUUUUUUUUUCUGCAAUCAUCUUAGGCUUCCAAAACCCUAGGAACAGAUAUAUAAAAUGCCAAUGAACGUACCAAUCACAACAAACUCAACCUUGUAAAUGGCUGGAGAAAUGCUCUCGCCUACACCUCAGGAGUCAAAACGCAACCGUUUAAAACCGCAUAUCAUGGUGUUUCCAUAUCCAGCACAAGGCCACUUGCUUCCUCUUCUGGACUUAACUCAUCAACUCUGUCUUCAUGGCAACGUCACUGUCUCAAUCAUCGUCACACCUAAAAACCUUCCUCACCUCUCCCCUCUUCUCUCCGCUCAUCCAUCCGCCGUCUCCGCCGUCACUCUACCUCUCCCUCACAGUCCUUCCGGCAUUGAGAACGUCAAAGACCUUGGCUGUACUCCUCAUAUCAUGGCUUCUCUUCGUCAGCUUCGAGAGCCUAUCAUCAAGUGGUUACGUUCUCAUCCAAAUCCUCCCGUUGCUCUCAUCUCUGACUUCUUCCUCGGAUGGACCAACGAUCUCGGUGUUCCUCGCUUUGCUUUCUUCAGUUCUGGAGCGUUCUUUGCUUCGCUUUUACAUUAUGUCUCCGACAAGCGUCAUCUCUAUGACCAAACUGAGCCUGUCUGUAUCUCGGAUCUUCCUCGCUCCCCUGUUUUUAAGACAGAGCAUCUACCGUUAACCCCGCAAUCUCCCUUGUCGCGAGAUGUUAAUAUCGUUAGAGACAUGACCAAGAACUUCUCUAGCCAUGGUUGUAUUUUCAAUUCUUGCAACUGUCUGGAAGAGGAGUACAUGGAGUAUUUGAAGCUGAAAGUGGGUCAUAACCGGGUUUUUGGUGUUGGUCCGGUUUCUUCGGUCGGUUUAGGUAAGGGAAAAUCAGAACUCAAUGUAGACGUGAAGACCUUGUUUAGUUGGCUUGACGGAUGUCCAGAUGGAUCCGUGCUAUACAUAUGUUUCGGUAGUCAAAAAGUGUUGACUAAAGAGCAGUGUGAUGCUUUGGCUCUUGGUCUUGAAAAGAGCCUGACCCGGUUCGUUUGGGUGGCUAAGACAGACCCGAUACCCGAUGGGUUUGAGGAUCGGGUCGCCGGUCGAGGAAUGAUUAUUAGAGGGUGGGCUCCUCAGGUGGCUGUGUUGAGUCACGUGGCCGUUGGUGGGUUUUUAAGCCAUUGUGGAUGGAACUCGGUGCUGGAAGCGGUAGCUAGUGGAACGAUGAUCUUGGCUUGGCCUAUGGAAGCAGACCAAUUUGUGGAUGCCAAGUUGCUGGUGGAGUAUACAGGUGUAGCUGUUAGUGUCUGUGAAGGGGGUAAGACUGUGCCGAACCCACAUGAGUUAGGUCGGGUCAUAGCUGAAAGUAUGGGUGAGCAAGGACGCGAGCUACGUGUUCGGGCCAAGGAGAUGGGAAAGAAGGCACGUGCUGCGACAGAAGUAAGAGGAAGCUCUACUAUUGAUUUGGAAAGACUUGUUAAAGAACUGGGCUCUCUAUAAAGAUAUGAUUGCAAUGACUAAAACGGUUUAUGGAAAUAAAAAGUGUUUUAUUGUUAAAGCAUCAUAUCUUCUUAGUUAAGACUCUGAGUAUCUUCGAUGGUAUUACCACCAUUGGAGUCUUUAUGAUUAUUAAA